AUGUCGCCUCCGACGCCCGCCGAAGCAGCCGCUGUAGCUCGGCAAUUUGACAUAGAGGCAUUUACUUUUCUCGCUGUUGCCUCCUGCAUGACGAUUCUGAGAACUUAUAUCCGAGCAAGAGCGGUGGGCCUCAAGGCUCUUCAGUUGGAUGACUACUUUGUCUGGCUCGGAACAAUAUUCCAUGGAGUUGAGACAGGGAUGGCGUGGCUUGUGACCCAUCAGGUUCACGGCCUUGCCAACAACGGUUUAACGGAAGCCCAACGGCUAUCGCUUUCCCAGACCAGCCCCGAGUACAGCUUGCGUGUCACGGGCUCUAAAAUCCAACUCGGCGGUUGGACAGCCUACUCGGUGUUGCUAUGGGCACUCAAAACCUCGCUGCUGUUUUUGUAUACGCGGUUGACGACCGGUCUUGGUCGAGGUUACCAGAUUCGAGUCAGAGUCGGCUUUGCCUUCAUCGGUGCAAGCUGGCUACUGCUCAUUUUGACCAUCCUAUUUGAGUGCCAUCCAUUUCACAAGAAUUGGCAGAUCAAUCCGGAUCCAGGAAGCGUCUGCCAACCUGCCGUCUCACAACUGGUGAUCAUCAUUAGCCUCGUGAUGAAUGUUACCACUGAUCUAUACCUCAUCUCUAUACCGCUUCCGAUGCUUUGGGGGUCGAUGCUCAAGCCAUUGAAAAAGAUAGCCUUGAUGGUGAUCUUCAGCAGUGGUCUCUUCGUCAUUGCAUGCGCUAUGAUCCGCUCUAUCCUAAUGCUGACAGACCCCGUCAAUGGGGCUCAAUUAGCCGGGUCAUGGUCUAUCAGGGAGACCUUUAUCGCCGUGGUGACGACCAAUCUUCCCGUUGUUACCCCCUUCCUGACGCACAUCGUGGCGCCUUAUCCCUGUUAUUUCCUCAGCUCGAUGCGGUCCAGCAAAAAGAGCAGCUCCAACCAGCACAACCGGGAUAUCCGCACCUGGGGCCAGAGAUCGCUAUCACAAGACCAGCGCCAGCGCCGAGGCCCUCCCACAGCAAACCCUAUCACGAACCUUGAGUGUACUGAGAGCGAAGAGCGUAUGAUCGAGCUACAAGAGCGGAACGCGGCUUCCGUAGGGAGCAAAUCUCAAACGGUGCCUGGGUGGAGGGUUCCGAGCAACAAGACGAACGCAAAUGAAAUCGAUGUGGAGAUUGAGGUAUCAGUCACUGAACAAGCUCGUCACGACGUGGAGAUGGGAAUGUCCUCAGAAUUCAGGCUUCCGCCAGAAGGCCAUUUUGCCUUCGCGCGGGGACCAGAGCAAGAUAAUUUCAGAUUUGGACAAAACGCGGUACAGACGCGCUCAACACCACACCCCAGCUUCGCCUUUCUUGAAUCCUUCACACUCGCCGCUCCUUUCACUUCAUUCGAGGCCAUGGAGAUUCCUACUUAUCAUCUCCGCGAUCCUAAAAUCCCUCCUAUAUUACGUCUUCCUUCUCAUGUCCGACAUCGUAUCUACCUGCAUGCUGGUCUAGUCCUGCCCUCGCAUACCGGGUAUUCUGAUGCGUUUGACCUGAGCCCAAGCUACGAUAACUCAAAAUAUCACGGCUUUAAUGGACUGCUUCGCUCUUCCCGCAUCAUCUACACUGAGGUAUCGACUCUGUUAUACUCUUCCAACGAUUUCUUCAUUCGUUAUUGGAACCAGCGGUCGCUCGAAGCUUUGCGGAACCUGACUCCACAUUCACUUUCAAAACUCACACGUCUGAAAAUAAUUCUCAACGAGGCGUCCUGUCCCUCAUCAAAUGGGGGCGGCGUCGUUCCGUGGCAGACCAAGGGAGAUCACACAGACAUGCUUACCGAGUGUGACAGCGACGGACGCUUGAAGAGUCGCGAUAUACCCCUCAACAGUCGACAACCGCUGGCUGAAGCGCUAAUUGAUGCAUGGAAUGCAAUAAUUGACCAUCUCGCCUUAUGUAUUACUCCGAACAUCCUUGAGCUAUGCGUGGUCUGCGAUGUCCACCCCGAAGACAUCGAGAUUGCCAAGCGAGUAGUCAACCCGCUGGCCAGCCUGCCGUUGCUCAAGAACUGUCACCUUCGGCUAUGUAGAACCCCAACAGCUGCUCUUAACGAAUUGGCGAGGUCCACAGUCUUGCAGGUCCGGGGAAUUUCUGACGUACAAGCCUCGCUCGUACCAGCGCUUGGACAAGAUAUCUCGCGUCCCUCGCGCCCCGGCUUCCCAACUGCCUCGGGUUCCCGACUCUUGGCGCUCCCUCAAGAGCUGCGCUUUCGUAUCCUCGAGUUCACGGACCUCAUUACUCCCUGGAAGGAGGUUACAUGGAGCAGACAGCACAAAGGCUUCAUAGAGAGUAAAACUUUCUGCUUCCCUCUAGACGCCCGGGGAGAAGAGUGUCCUCCUCACAAACACCACGGCUGUCAGUUUCACAAUUGCUGGGAAACAUACCCUGAACGGUCUCUUGGUUGCUUCUGCCGCAUCAAGCACUCUGCCUUUUCGUCGGGUUGUAAAUGCUGGGCGCCACCGCAAAACCUUUUCCUCAUCUGUCGCUCUCUUUAUGUCGAUUCCCAGGUCGUAUUCUAUUCAGGCAACAAAUUCGUCAUACACGACUUCAAUUUCGACCCGCCGUGGGAAUUACCCUCGGAGACACAAUUAUAUCCAUUCCCUCGCCUCGCAGCAAGCAUCUUUCUCAGGGAGAUUGUGCCUGAAAGCUGCCUACGUGAAUUACGAUCUGUCGAAUUCGUCUUUCCGCCCUACCACCACGAAGACUGGCCUCAGGAAGGACAAGCAGCCCAUGAAGACUGGGCCCGGACGAUAGAGUGGGCUAGCAAGAGACUUUCUCUGCCGGCACUUACUAUUCGUCUUGCUAUGUCAUAUCCAUGUGAAUGGGACAUACCCAAACACCGUAGAUUUAUGACAACAGGGCAGGGUGAGGAGAUCUUAGCGGCCUACACGCGUAUCCUUGCCCCUCUUGUCUCGCUUGGCUCAGACGGCCUGGCCAGGUUCUACGCCCGCUUGAUGUGGCCGUGGAGGUAUACAGACGAGAUAAUGGACGCGUGCGUGAUUAAGGGCUGGAAAUGGGUCGAGGCUGUUGAAAAGGUGAUGAAAGAUCGUGCUGAGCGGUUGGUCAUGGGCGAUCGGUAUCACUCCUUGUUCGAUGGUGAUGGCGAGCCUCCAGAUAGCUUAUGGGACCCUUUCAGCCUACCAGGCCGGAGCGCGACUGCCCAGGUGUACCAGAAGUCAGGAAAGCCCGAGAAGGUGUUCUACUGGCAGCUGGCGGGAUUUAGACCCAAAAUCACGGGCCUCCGCUCUCGCAAAUUGGCUACACCGGCGGUUGUUUAA